UGAAGUUGUUCAUGCCGUCACGGGUUCACCUUAAACGAGUAGUCAAUUGUAUUUGUCUUUCUCUCUAUAGCUUAUCUACAACCAUUAUCUACAACCAGGACUACAAGUGCACUUUUCGCGGUCGAGCAAUAAUAGAAAUGUAUCAUAUUUAAUGAUCAUUUGCUGUAUUAGAUUUUCAAGCAUAAGCUUAAGCCAAAUGGAAUCCAUGAAAUACCUAACCAAACUAUUCUUCUUUUUCUUCGUAUUAUUAGCAACUUCACAACAUGUACAUGCUCAACGUAUUCCCACUGUUUUUGAUCCUUACGCAUUUCUCCACAUAAUUCCAAACCCGGACGGGUCGAUAACCCGGAUCAAAGAGUUCUUCCCGACCGUCCCACCCAACACAUCCUCUUCACUUGCAUUUUCUAGAGAUGUCCCUCUUAACCCGGAGAAAAAAACAUGGGUUCGGGUCUACUUGCCCAACAAGCCCGGGCCCGAACCCGUUACUAACCUCCCCGUCGUGGUCUUCGCCCACGGUGGUCAGUUCAUCCUUCUAAGCACGGCAACCCCUCAAUUCGACUCGUUUCUCUCCAACACCGCGAGCCACCUUAACGUGCUCGUGGUAUCAGUUGAUUACCGCCUCGCCCCCGAGCAUCGCCUCCCCGCAGCGUACGACGACGUAUUGGAGGCCUUGUAUUGGGUGAAGGAUAAAAAGGAUGAGUGGGUGGCUAAGUAUGGGGAUGUUUCGAGGUGUAUCAUUAUGGGGGAGAGUGCGGGGGGCAACAUUGCGUACAACGUAGGAUUACGAGCUUUGGGUCAAGUCAACAAACUUAAGCCGUUAGUUAUAAGAGGUUUGGUUUUAGUCCAACCGUUUUUUGGAGGAGCAAAUCAAGUAUUUGUAAAGACUGGUAAUGUUCCUUUAGAGGUUAUUGAGUUACUUUGGAGGUUAACUCUACCACUUGGAGCUAAUAAGAACAAUCCUUAUUUUAACCCAAUGUUUGGUGGCGGGUCAAGUAAUUUGGAAAUGAUUAAGGAUUUGGGAUGGCGGGUUGCAAUAGCGGGUUGUGAUGGAGACGGUCUUUUUGAAAGACAAGCGGAGGUGUUUGGAUUUCUUAAGAAACGAGGUGUUGAUGCCAGUAGCUAUUUUAGUAAUGGGUAUUACCAUGGUGUUUUUGUUAAUAAUAUUUUUGCAUCUCAAAAGCUCUUUGAAUUUGUAAGAAGUGUAUUUUCUUCUGAAUUGGCAUAUUGAAUAUUUGAUAUGGUUGUCUACUUUGUACUACGGAGUACUAACUGUUUAUUUCAAAGGGUGGAAAUUGUGUAAUAAUUUCUUUCUCUUGGCUAUGAAUAUAUGUUUUCUUCGUUGUUGAGUAA